AUGCUCAUUCCAGUCGGGAGUGAAGAGGAGUACCGCGCACUCAAGCAGUUGAGCAGCUUUGGUCUUGGUGGUAUAAAGGACGAGAGCUUAUGCCAUCUGGAGAGGCUACAGGAUUAUGAUAUUGUUGCAUUACGACCUGAGAGUGAUUCUGUUAUAUGGACACUACUUGGCGAUGAGACACUCCGGAACCAAGUUGAUGUCAUAUCCCUCGACUUGAGCCCGAAUGGAGCUUCUGCGCAGGUUACUCUGAAACGUGGUCUGGUCGAGGCGAUCCGCAAAGCAGGUUUAUUUAUAGAGCUAGAUUUGGGCGAGUACAUGAGAAGCCUUGGUGAUCAACGGGCUGAGAUACUGGCACGGGGCGCCUACAUUCUACGAUGGUCUGGUCAUGGUGAUGGGGUAAUACUUACCUCCGGUGCCCGAAAUAUAAUGGACGUUCGAUCUCCUACCGACUUCGACAAUUGGGGCCGGGCUUGUCUCGAGGAGGGUUCACAUCGAUCACGUCGAUUCAUAACGACAUCAGAGGCCGCUGUUAGGCACGGUAUAUGGCGGAAGAGCGAGUCUGGGAUCAUUCUCGUUGAAUGA